UCUAUGGCUUAUCUUAUAGCACAUAUUAGAUAUGUGGUGUGGCGAUGUAUAAAAUCACAAAACAGAAAAGUAUUAUAUGUUUUGUGGUGGUGAUGUUGAUAAUUGUUUAAAAUAAAUUCAACAAUGGUAUUAACCCCAAAAGAAUCUGGGAAACUUAUUCGAUCUUUAUCAAAGCAAGUAACUAUAAAUGAAGAAGGAAUAGAAAAGCUUGGAAAUGUAUUAAUAGAAGAAAUUAAAUCUGGAAAACUGUCUCCAGAUAAUUUUAGCCAAACACCUGUACAUCCCAAACCUGAAGAUCCAUGGGCAAUAGACUGGAUAUUUGUAGUGGACACGUUAAAUUUCUGUUUCUGGAGUAAUGAAAAUGAGGAGGGCUGGAAAGUUGAGGGAUAUACAGGUUACUUUGCUUUAUGUGCUGCAAUUAAACGUGCACAAAGAGAAAAGAUUGAUAUUUUGAAUCCCAAAUUUUAUUCAGCAAUAACUGAAGAGGAGCUAAGUAAAGUCCUUCGGAGCGAUAAUAAAGUUGUAUGUCCUCUUAUGAAUGAAAGACUGAAGUGUUUACAUGAAGUUGGAAAUGUGUUAUUAGAAAAGUUUGAUGGUUCAUUCGAAAAUGUUGUAAAGAAAGCAGAAAAUAGUGCAACAAAAUUAUUGAGUACCGUUGUAGAUAACUUUAAAUGUUUUAAAGAUGAGGCUAUUUACAAAGGACAUAGAGUAGCCUUAUACAAACGAGCGCAAAUAUUAGUGGGAGAUAUUUGGGCCUGUUUUAGAAAUAAGGGUUUAGGUUACUUUAAAGAUAUAGAUCAAAUUACAGCAUUUGCCGAUUAUAGAGUGCCUCAAACAUUACUAUGGUAUGGAGCUUUUAAGUACAGUGAUGAAUUAUUAAAUAAACUUACUUCAAAUAAAAUAUUCCAAAACGGUGAAGAAGAAGAAGUUGAAAUAAGGGGAUGUACUAUACAUGCAGCUGAACUGAUAAAAGAAUAUGUUCUCACAAAAGUUGAUGAAAAUCGAAUUAACUCAGUUUUAGUGGACCAUUUUUUAUGGGAUUUCAGGAGAAAACAUGCAGAUAAGAUUCUUGAGAAAGGAUUACCAUUCCAUAAAACGUUUAGUAUAUAUUAUUAACAUUUCACAUAUUAAUAGAAAUAGAAAAUAAAUUGUUGUUUAUAUAAAUUUAGCAAUAAAUAUUUUACAGUUAAA